AUGCUUCUGCUGCUGUUGGCCCUGCUCUGGGGGAGGGAGGGGGCCGAGGGCCAGAGGGGGGCCAGGAGGGGGCCACAGGGGGAUUACUGGCUGCAAGUGCAGGACGCAAAGGGGCAGGAGGGCCUGUGUGUGCGAGUGUCCUGCAGAUGCUUCUAUCCCCGGGAAGGCUGGUCUGAGUCUACCCCAGCUCUCGGCUACUGGUUCCGGAAAGGGGCCGGUGUACAACAGGAUGUUCUAGUGGCCACAAACAACCCAGAUGGAAAAGUGCGGCAGGAGUCCCAGGGCCAAUUCCGCCUCCUCGGAAACCCCCAGGACUACGACUGCUCCCUGGACAUCAGAGAUGUACGGAGAGGGGACUCGGGGACAUACGUCUUUAGGGUGGAGAGAGGGCCUUCUGUGAGAUAUACUUACACACGUGACCAGCUCUCCGUGCGUGUGACAGCCCUGACCCAGACACCUGACAUCCUUAUCUCGGGGACCCUGGAGUCUGGACGCCCCAGUAACCUGACCUGCUCUGUGCCCUGGGCCUGUGAGUAGGGCACGCCCCCCAUCUUCUCCUGGACGUCAGCGGUCCUCGCUUCCCUGGGCCCCAAGACCCACCUCUCCUCUGUGCUCACCCUCACCCCACGGCUGCAGGACCACGGCACCGAGCUCACCUGUCAGGUGACCUUGCCUGGGACCGGAGUGACCACAAUGAGGACCAUUCACCUCAACGUGUCCUAUUCUCCGUGGAACUUGACCGUCGCUGUCUUCCAAGAAAACGGCACAGGUAGGAUAGGGGCUCCUCCUAGGGUGCAGGGAGCAAGGGCAGGGCCGGGUCCCUCUUGUGGGUCCCCCAGAGGCCCUCCCCCUCCCCGGCCCCCAUGGCCCUGUGAGCAGCUGUCCCCUUCGGCCCCUCCCUCCCCCACUUCUGCCCUCCCCCCUGUUAUCAGGAGAGCAAGAACAGGGCGACACUCGCCCGGCAGAACUGCCCCUUAUCAUGCACCUCCGGACGCCCUCACCUUUUAUUUUCCUACCAACCGUUUAUCUGAGUACUUUUGAACAGCUAAUCUACUCACACGGACACGUAUUCAUAACGCACAGCAAAGUCGGCCUCGGAUGUCCAGCUCCCUCCCGGAAAGUGUCUCGUGUCCAGAGGCUGCUCUGAGCCUCAGUGUGUUUGCUAAGGAUCUAAGGGGCCCUUUGCCGUCAGUAGCACAGACGGUCCUCCUUCUGCUCUGUGACUGCGCAGUAUUCCUUCACGUGGGCGGGUUCUGCUUCUGCGUGCGUCUUCCACUAACGGAACAUCAUGGCGUUCGUUUUAUUCUAUUAACGGAAACGCUGCAAUCGGUAAUCUCGUACUCGUACCCACUUUCUCAGGUGUGUGUCUAUGCCUUUGGGAUAAAUUCCUGAAAGGUAAGUAGCUGGGUCACGUGUUCAAUUUUUUUCUUAUUGAGGCAUAACAACUUGACAUAUAACAACUUAUUAGUUUCAGGUGUGUAACGUCACGAUUGGAUAUUUGUAUAUGUUGCAAAAUGAUCGCCUUGGGAAAACUGGGAACAUCAUCGUACAUAGUUACAAUUUUCUUUUUCUUGUUUUGAGGGCUUCAAGAUCUGUUCUCUCG